GGUGGCGAGGUAACUGUGGAGGCUGUUCAAAUGAUCGCAGACCUUGUUAAAGAUCAUGAUUGUCAACUACAUCCUGAUUCCAUUGAGGUGUUUAUGUCUCUGACAUUUGAUGAGGAUCUUGGGAAGCGUGAAGCUCGGGAUGCUGAUAAUAAAUUUAAAAGCAAAAAUGCAAAAAGAAAGAACCUUAAGGAGCUGAAAGAAUCAGCUGCCAACGAGAAAAAGAAAGCACGGAAAGAGAUGAUGUCAAAGACACGAGAAGAGGUCACUGCAGAAUUGAAGGCUGCUUCAUUAACUACCGAUAUCACUGAAAGGAGAAGGAUGCAGUCUGAUGCAUUAUCAGCUGUCUUUCAGACGUUCUUUCGUGUCCUAAAGCAUGCAUUAAGGCCUCGAUCAGAAGCAGGUUCUUCACCUCAGGCACCUGGAAGUCAUCCACUUCUUGCUCCUUGUCUUAAUGGAAUUGGGAAAUUUUGCCAACUCAUCGACUUAGAUUUCAUGUCCGAUCUUAUGAAUUAUCUGAGGAAGCUUGCUGGAAGUGGCAACAACUCUGGUGAUUCUUCCAUGGAUGGUUCAGCAUGUCUGACAGUAUCUGAAAGGCUCCAGUGUUGCAUUGCUGCUUUCAAAGUGAUGAGAAACAACUUGGACGCACUGAAUGUAGAUCUUCAGGAUUUCUUUGUCCAACUUUACAAUCUGAUAAUUGAGUAUAGGCCAGGAAGGGAUAAAGGCGAGAUCUUAGCUGAAGCUUUGAAGAUAAUGCUCUGUGAUGAUCGACAGCAUGACAUGCAAAGGGCUGCAGCUUUCAUAAAACGUUUAGCUACAUUCUCUUUAUGCUUUGGGUCUGCAGAGUCCUUGGCUGCCUUGGUGACUGUGAAGCAUCUCCUUCAGAAGAACGUUAAAUGCCGGAACUUGUUAGAAAAUGAUGCUGGAGGUGGCUCUGUCUCUGGUGCCAUUGCGAAAUAUCAGCCUUAUGCAACUGACCCAAACCUUAGUGGUGCACUUGCUUCAGUGCUUUGGGAGCUGAACCUUUUGUCAAAGCAUUAUCACCCAGCUGUUUCUACAAUGGCAUCCAACGUUUCUAUGUUGAGCACUGGCGAUAACCAGGUUUACCAGUCCAACAAAUCUCCUACACAAGCUUUUAAGGAGUUGUCACUUGAGCAGGAAUCAUUCAUCGUAAAAAAUGACCCCAAAAGCUCAAGUACCAAGAGAAAAAAAGGGAAUGCCUCAUUAGAGCAUAUUAGUAUCGGGUCUGACCUUGAUUUCACUGCUCAAAUUGAUGAAAAUGAUGUUAGAAAGAAACUCUCUGAGCAUUACUUGCUGCUUCAUGACAUAGCUGAAAAUGAAAGACUAAGAGGGGAAUUGGCUCGGACAACAUUGUCUCUGAAGCUGCACGAACAAUAUAAAAAGCAGAAGAAAAGAAGAACAAAGUAGGUAUCUGUUGUCUACAAUUUUGUAGGUAGAUCUAUUUAGCUGUUUUCAGCAUUCUGCAGUAUUUCUGGAUAGGAGAGUGCAACUCGCGAUUGUUUUGUAUAAACUGGGCAUAAUCUAUUUUGCCUUCUGAUUAUGAAAUAGAUCUCAUUAUUUAUAUUCCUCU